AUGGCGCCCACGGGCGGUGGUGGAGGAGGAGGAGGCGGAGGAACAGGCGGCCUGGGUGGAGGGGGAAACAUCAAGGUCGUGAUGCAAGAUUCCCAGACCGUUCUGCAACCUCCUCCAGAUGCAGAAGACCGUCUUCGAAAAGGUGGAAAGGAUGGCGCAAGUGCGCAACGGACCUUCAAGUUCGACAAGUCCUACUGGUCUUUCAAUAAGGCAGAUCCAAACUAUGCUGGUCAAGACAAUCUCUUCAACGACCUGGGCGUCCCCUUACUCGACAACGCCUUUCAGGGCUAUAACAACUGCAUUUUUGCAUAUGGGCAGACGGGCUCCGGAAAGUCAUACAGCAUGAUGGGUUAUGGCGAUGAGGCUGGCGUUAUCCCCCGAAUUUGUAGAGAAAUGUUCGAGCGCAUCAAUGGGUUGCAGUCUGAUCCACACCUGACUUGCACUGUCGAGGUCUCCUAUCUGGAAAUUUACAACGAACGGGUCAGAGAUCUUUUGAAUCCGGCUACCAAGGGCAAUCUACGAGUCAGGGAACAUCCUUCUACAGGACCUUAUGUGGAGGAUCUGGCCAAGUUGGCCGUCCGCUCCUUCAGCGAGAUCGAGAACCUCAUGGAUGAAGGUAACAAAGCACGGACAGUGGCGGCCACAAACAUGAACGAAACUUCCAGUCGCUCUCACGCGGUCUUCACCCUCACCCUCACCCAGAAGCGCCAUGAUGCGGAAACGAGUAUGGACACUGAGAAGGUCGCAAAGAUCAGCUUGGUCGACUUGGCUGGUUCCGAACGUGCAACCUCAACUGGUGCCACCGGUGCCCGUCUCAAGGAGGGAGCAGAGAUCAAUAGGUCACUCUCUACCCUUGGUCGGGUCAUUGCGGCACUGGCAGACCUUUCCUCGGGCAAAAAGAGCUUGAAAGUGCCGUAUCGAGAUUCGGUGCUGACCUGGCUCCUGAAAGAUUCACUUGGUGGUAACAGCAUGACUGCGAUGAUUGCUGCGAUCUCACCGGCCGACAUAAAUUUUGAGGAGACACUAAGCACCCUACGAUACGCCGAUUCGGCCAAGAGAAUCAAGAACCACGCUGUGAUUAACGAGGAUCCAAACGCUCGCAUGAUCCGCGAGCUCAAAGAAGAACUUGCCAAACUCAGGAGCCAGCUUGGAGGACCUACUGCUACAGGUACCGAGGAGACCUACCCUGAAGGAACGCCACUGGAUAAACAGAUGGUCUCUAUUGUGCAGACGGACGGCUCAGUCAAGCGUGUCAGUAAAGCCGAAAUCAUGGAUCAGCUAAGUCAAAGUGAGAAGUUAUACCAAGAUCUCAAUCAGACUUGGGAAGAAAAACUCCAAAAGACCGAACAGAUUCACAAAGAGAGAGAAGCGGCGCUGGAAGAAUUGGGCAUCAGCAUUGAAAAGGGUAAUGUCGGCAUGAGCACCCCUAAGAAGAUGCCUCACUUGGUCAACCUGAGUGACGAUCCCCUGCUAGCUGAGUGCCUCGUUUACAACCUGAAGCCAGGGGUUACCACAGUCGGAAAUGUUGACUCGUCUGAAGCUUCUGAAAUCAGAUUGAAAGGGUCAAAAAUCCUUGAUCACCAUUGCAAGCUCGAGCACAUCGACAACGUGGUGACAAUCAUCCCCAAUGAGGGUGCUGCUGUCAUGGUGAAUGGAGUGCGUGUUGACAAGCCCAAGAGGCUAAAAAGUGGGAAUCGUAUCAUUCUAGGAGACUUCCACAUCUUCAGGUUUAAUAACCCGUUGGAGGCCAAAGCCGAGCGCGCCGAAAGAAGUCUACUCCGGCAAUCCGUCACCGCCAGCCAGCUGAACUCGCCGACGCCAUUCCGUCCUGGACACGAAAGGAGCUGGAGCGCUGCGGGAUCUGAAUUUGACGGUGAAUCACGAUCCCAGUCUCCCGGAUUCAGCAGUAACAGAGACUCGGACUGGUUCUUCGCUCGUCGAGAGGCUGCCGGCGCCCUUCUAGGUUCAGAUCCGAAAAUCAUGCAACUCACCGAUGAGGAACUGGACAGUCUUUUCGAGAAUAUUCAGAGAGCACGAGAAGAGCGACGUGGGCGUUCCGACAACAAACAAUUCGAACAUGAUGAAGACUCGGACGACCUGAGCUCUUUCCUUGUGCGUGACAAGUAUAUGUCGAAUGGCACCAUCGACAACUUUUCUCUCGACACUUCUCUGACACACCCUGGGACACCUUCUGUGCACGACAGCUCGCAAGACGACGGCGAACCGACCUUGACCCCCAGCCAGUUUGGACAUCAAGCUCAGCACCAGAUGCAGAAGGGUGAGGAAGAAGAGAAGCAAGGAGCUCCAGAGAACAUAUCCAAAGAUGCAGAACGGGAAUCUCAGGCGCUUCAGAUGCAGCAAGAGUUGGAGCGAGCGAAACAGGCGUUUGAAGAAGAACUUCGGAAACAAAAAGAGGAAUACGAGGCACAAAUCAAGAAAAUCGAUCAAGAUGUCAGGAUACGAGAAGCUGCUCGAACGCCAGCUGGAUUUCUGCCGCUCGAGGCUUCUGAGAUUGCCGUUGCCCGGAACGUCGUGGAAAAAUGGCAACAAAGAAACUACAUUUUGAUAGCGGAGGCAAUAUUGCAAAAUGCCAGCCUUCUCAAGGAAGCACAGGUUAUGAGCAAAUUGCUGGAGCACGACACCAAUUUUCAGUUUGUCAUUUUGGACGUUGGUCAAGAACGGGGCUCGUCGUAUGAUCUCAUCCUCCAAGACAUCUCUGGGGACGAUGAUGAUGCUCUAGCGGAUGCGCGCAAGCCGUGUCUCGCCGUGAGGGUUAUUGACAAUCAGCUCAGCUGUAUUCACCUUUGGUCGCUGGAAAAGCUGCGACUGCGAGUGGCCAAAAUGCGUCAAAUGCGCCAGUACAAGAAUCAGCCAGAAUAUCUGCAGCAUUUCCGUUUGGACAACCCCUUCCGUGACUCUGAUCAACCCUUGUUUUCGCUGAUUGGUGACGGGAGCAUUCCUCUAACCGCUGUGUUUGAGACUCGGGUACAAGAUUUUGUGGUCGAAAUAUCCUCGCCGUCGACAAGACAGAUUGUUGGCAAGGUCAGGAUGUCCCUGGAGCCAUCGCUGGCAGAGUCUCCGCCCUCCACAAUCAAGUUCAACAUUGUUAUGCGUGAUUUCGUUGGCUUCGCCGAACACGAGGGGACGCAGGUGCAUGCUCAGAUGACGGUGCUAGGGACCGAUGAUGAGAGUGUGGCGACUACCCAGCCCAUCCACGGGUUUGGUGACGGCCCAGUACGCUUUGAGAGCAUUCACAACUUGAGCAUUCGUCGGUCCGGGGAGAAAUCUGCCACUCUGAAGAUCGCCAUUUUUGCCCAAGUCAGCUCGACGCAUCUCGACAAGCUGAUCAGCUGGGAUGAGCUUCGUGAAAUGAAUGAACACCCUCCGGAUCAGCAACCAUCUCAUCGCUUGCCCGAGUCUGAAUACUCGAUGGAAGAACGGCAUGAUGUCUUUGCAAAGGUCCAGAUUCUAGAGCUCGCAGAAAACGGCCUGUACAUGCCCGUGGAAGUCAUACACAACAGCCCGAAUGAUAUCGGGGCAUUCCAGUUGCACCAGGGACUUCAACGUCGGAUCUCCAUCAAUCUGACUCAUGUCCUGACCGAAGGUCUGCCAUGGGACGACCUGAAGUCUUUGCGGGUUGGGGAAGUUCAUCAACUAGACUCAUCCGGCCGCAUUACCGACAUUGCGUCCGUCACCCCAGAUAUCCCGCUCAAACAAAUCCAAGAACCUAUGAUCAAAGACAACGCCGAUGGGACGUCCAACAUAACGAUUGUAGGACAAUGGGACAGCUCAUUACACAAAACCCUCCUCCUUGACCGGGCCACCAGCGAGAAUUGUCGAGUUCAGAUAUCGUUGCGGUGGGACGUUGUCUCCAGUCGCCUGGGACACGAUCAUUCUAUGAAAUUCUCCAUCGACCAACAGGUGCAGAUCUUGCCGCGAUCCUACGUUCGUCCACAAUCUAUGUUCAAAUCAUUUUGGAACCAGACUCGAAUAACACACGCCACAGACGGAGUGUUCUCGAUUGUUGUGUUGCCAAUCAGCGCAAAGAGAGCAGCCGAUCUAUGGCGUCUGGAUACUUCAAAGAAUUACAUCAAUGGAGAAGAACUUCUCGGGAAUUGGCAGCCACGAGGAAUUUCGUUGGUCAAAGACUACUUGAUAGCCCGGAGAAAAAGGCGUCAAUUAGAGGACAUUGAAUCCGCCAAAGCCGCAUUGGGAUUGCGCAGACUUAGUAUAACCGCACAAAGAGGUCGGUCUCGCACAGUAUCGCCUUCUGUGAUAGAUUCCCGAGAAGAAGAACUUCUACGCAAAUACCUCGCCAUCUGGAUGAAGCCGAGUGCCGACAUGAAGAACCCCAUCUUCGACAACGGCGACGAGAGCACGUGUCCCCGACCGUCGCCAACACCGACGACUGAGACAUCGCGAACAUCGUCGACCCGCUACCGAGCCACCGUCACUCAUGUGCCCAAGAACACAGCAUCUCUCAAGUCCGGCUACCUUCUCAUGCCUUCGGAAUCUUACGAGACCUCCCCUUCCGGCAACCACGCCAGCGUCAUGCAGUGGAAACGACGGUUUGUCGACCUGCGCCCCCCGUAUCUUUACAUCCAGUCCGUUCCUGACGGCGAGGGGAUCAACGCGGUAAAUCUCACCCACGCACGGAUCGAUCACGACCCAGACUUCAAGCGCUUACUUGGCGGCGGAUCAACCAUUUCACACGACGGUGCCGAAUUUUCUUCAACAGAGCAGCAGCACCAGCGGGGUCACAGAAGAGCCGGGAGCAAUGCCGAACUCCACGGCCUAGCUCACGUGUUCGCCGUGUAUGGCGAGCAGAAUACCUUCUUGUUCGCAGCGCGAAACGAGAGUCAAAAGCUCGAAUGGAUCCUGAAGAUUGAUCAGAGUUACUUUGCCAAUGACGAGGAGCAAGAUCAGGUCGAGGUGUGA